AUGAUGCAUAUUUAUGUACCACUUCGCAGUGGAUUUUGUAGCCACCUUUGGAGAGGAUAUGCCAUACCUCUUCUUAUAGCAUCUUUAUCCAUUAUCGGAGUCUUUGCUGUCCUUCUUGUCAGUCUGUCACUUCUUCUAUGUACCUACCGAAAAGGUGAACCGAAGUUCGCGGGAGGGUCAUGCAUCGGUGAGGAUUCCCUACUGUAUAUGGAGGGAAAUCCUUUGUCUUCUUCUCCAGCAAAGUCUGAUGAUGACGAGGACGUACUUUUUGACAAAAUUCGUGAUGUUUUUAUACCAAAAUUUUUCAGGGUAGACACCGUUAGUGCUCCCAGCUUGAACCCUCCUCAGAUACAAUCAACUGAUAAAUAUUCCAUUUUCGUUCCUCUAUUUUUUCCUUACUUUAUGCUUACCUUUGUGACUGCAAGACCAUUGUGCCUGCUGGAUCGCGUCGCGUUCACCCUCUUAAUCGAUUUUUUGGCUCUAACCGAGAGUUCGCAUGCACCGAGGCCCCACUUGAUGCACCGUCACAGCCACAAUUCGGUUGCUUCUAUCACGACAAAACUAGCUAUGAUUUUAACAAUUACAAAACCUUUUUUUGUUUUAUCUGUCCUUUGGUUGAUUUCGGUGAAGGAAAAUCCAAACAUUCAAAAUUGCGAUCGUCAGAUUCAUGAGGCUGGAUUGGCCGAAAUUCAGAAAGCCCUCCUCGCAGGACAACAAGUUAUUUCACACCGUCAGACUGAGGUGGAGGGUGGAACUGUUGAAGAACCGAAAUCCAUCAUGGGACAAUUGUGA